UCAAAGACGACAACUGAGCUGAACCUCAAGUGGUCGGACGUAUCGCCGGUCAAACUGUACGACAAACUAAAGUUACCCCAAUUUUUGAUUACAAAUGUGAGCACAAGCGAGUACAGUUGCCUAAAGGCCGAGUUCUACCUACAGCGCGCGCUGGGCUAUCAUCUAGUGCAAUCGUAUUUGCCGACAAUAUUGAUCGUGGUCAUUUCGUGGGUUAGUUUUUGGCUGGACGUGGAGGCCAUACCGGCGCGCAUUACGCUGGGAGUGACCACACUUCUCACCAUCUCGUCUAAGGGUGCUGGUAUUCAGGCUGGUUUACCACCCGUGUCGUACGCCAAGGCUAUUGAUGUAUGGAUGGGCGCCUGUACCACUUUUGUAUUCUCGGCUCUACUCGAAUUUACCUUGAAAAGGAAGACAACAACAGAUACAGUAAAUUAUUUGGACAAAAAACUAGUGUUAAGUAUAGCGUCGGACGAUCGGACUGAAAACGGGCGGAAUUUGUCGGGAACGGGACCCCCGGAGGCCGCGGCCAAUACACCCGAACAUGAGAUU